CACGCAGCAAAAAUAUGCAGUUCCUUCGUCUCCUUGCAGCUCUGUUUCCCUUGACCAUCCUUGGUGCGGCGGCGCUACCUAAACCGAUCGCAGACGUCGCGGUUGUUGGCGAGGACGUUUCCGACGCCUCCAACAACAUUUUAUGGAGUUCAAAGGAACGUGAAGACUUUGUAACCGACGGCCAGAACAACAACGGCUGGAGUCGACGCGAGGACGAUGUAACCGACGGCCAGAACAAUAACGGCUGGAGCCGACGCGAGGACGACGUUACUGACGGCCAGAACAACAACGGCUGGAGUCGGCGCGACGACUAUGUUACCGACGGUCAGGACAACAACGGCUGGACUCGCCGUGGGGAUGCGUGAGCAGGAGACUUUAGUCCAAUGGGUGAUGUUGAAAUAUCGCGUGCCGAUCUGCCAAUGGCAGGGAACACCGUAGUCAGUAUACCGUGUAGGUUUGGGUUGCCCCGGCGGUGCUCACCGGAUGUAUCAUGGAUUACAUGUCCAGAUUGGUGUUACGUUAUGUGUACACGUCUUCCGCCUAUGAAGAGGCCGAGGUUCGCACUUGU